GGAGGGAGAGUGGGAGAGAAGAGGAUAGGGUCCCACAAGUGAGAGAACGAGAAAGAGCAGCCCCCCUCCUGCACACUCAUCCAUAAUCCGUUCCCCCUUCUGUAUUUGGAGGAAUAUUGGAUUACUUUCUGCACAGGAGUACCAACAGAGCGCAUCCAGGGAUGGUCAGGUGGCAGAGUAUCACAGCAGUGUUGAGCUGUGAACUGAACCAUGGAGCUGUACAUUAGGCUGGUCACAAGUAGAGACAGCACUCGCACAGUCUACAGCAGGACAAGCAGAACUGACUUUGGGAAGCCCCACAGCAUGCAGCCGGGUCUUGAGUAAGGAAAAGUGGACCCGGUCCUCUCCUCUUCACCCAGGGCCAGAGCUGCAGAAUGCUCAGUCCUGCCACCCCAUACAGUCUGUUGAAGAUGCACUGGUCUCCGGAGCACGUCGCCCCUUUAUCUCAGUGGCCUGAACAGCACCUAGAUGUGACAUCCACCACCUCCCCCCAGUCUGCCCACAAACAAGACCCCUACAGUUCUGCUGCCCGACGCACCUAUGCUCCUGCUGGGUAUCCUUGGGCCAGCGAUGACAUAUCUGCUCUUACGGCUUCUUCGCUCCUGAAACGUUACGCUGAGAAGUACUCAGGCCUGGAAUUGUCUUAUGAACGCCCUGCUACAGGUGUCUACUCUGAGUCUGGAAGUUUCCUUAAAACUGAAUCCGAAUCUUGGGCUUUGAGUCAAGGUGUUGAUUGCUACCCCGGACUUGAGGCACUAACUGGUACCAAAGUGGGGCCUGGCUCAGUAGGAAUCCCAGCUACAGGAAGUGUAACAUUAGUGAGUAGUAACUUGGUCUCAGAACCAGGCUAUAGCGGGGCUCCAUCCUGCAAUACCCCAUCGUCUCAGGAAUACCCUCCUGCCUACAACAGUACCUAUCUGUCCCCAGGAUACUGUCCUCAACCAAGUGCAGCACUUCCACCUGCCCCUCUGCACACCUUGCAGCCAACACCUUCUCUAGUGCCCAGCUACAGCACCAGCACCCCUGUCUACAACUACACACCAGGUUGCUACCCCCAAGCCAGCCUUUCCUCUGGAUACAACCACCCUAGUGCCUCUUACCUGCCUUCAGGUAUUAGCGCUCCUACACCUUUGGCCCCUAGACCUACUGUAGUUGGGGGUAGUUAUAGUUAUUCUUGUCACAGCAUUGGUGGGAGCUCUGAUGCAGGUGUGCCACUUAAACGCAAGGCCUUCGAGAUGACAGAGGAAGGACAGGAGGAUGUAGAAGUGGAUGGAUCGCGUUACAAAAAGUAUGGCAACAGUUCAGGAAGCAGUCAUAGCAAAGGUAAUGGUAAUGGGCAAGCUAACGGCUACGAUGUUAGUGGCCCUUCCUCAGAUCAGCAGGGUUACAAGGCUGGAAAGCCCCUCAUAUCACCUCCUUACAAUGGAGCAGCAGACUAUAGCCCACCACCAGGCCUCGCAGGGGAGAGCGUGGCAGGAGAGCACAGCUUUACUCAGCAGCAAAGAAUGUCUGUCAAGAUACCAGCAUCUCACACACGAGCAGAGGACCCUACUUGUGGCCGCUGAUUAUCGCAGUCAAAACAAAAGAGAUGUAUCCAAAGACUGAAGGGUUCUGGCGCAACAUUGAAUUGUUCUUCAAAAAGUGUAAUCGCUCUGGCAAACACAAGAGGGCACAAGACUUCUAUUUCUUGUGGAUGUUUAUCAUUACUCAUAUAUUUCCAAAGAUUCACAGAGGUAUUUUGGCCCCCUAGGUUAAGCUACUCUCUGCAUAGACAGUCUAAAUAUACGAGUGUCUGUUUCUCUCAGGAUCUUAUGUACUACUUGCUGGCUACUUUUUUUUUUUUUUUAAGGAAGAUGAUAUACUCCAUCUUAUUUGCGUAAACAAGAAUGCCUUUGACUGCAAAAAUACCCAACAAAAAUGACCAAAAAAAAGCAAGCAAUAACUAAAAUGUUGAGAUUGCCAUGCUACUUUAGCAUAAUCACUGCUACACCACUAACUGCAAGGCUUGAUGUGUCAUUGGGCCUUAUUUUCUAUCUUACCUUCCAUCUUUUGCAUUUAUUCUCUGCCAUGGAUUCCAUCCUUUUCUGCUCAACAAUGUCUGUGCAGAACUGCUUAAAUCAUACCGUAAAUCCUCUAAUAUAGGCCCGGGCCUUUAUUUCACUCAAGUGCAUCGCGGUCCAGGCCUUUAUUGGAAAGAGGCCAGAAUUAGAGACAGGCCUCUAUUGCUAUUUGAACAAAACAGACUA